AUGACAAUGCUUCACUUUCAAAAUAUUUUCACUCUUAAUACAAGAGUACCAACAACUAAGUUGUUUUCUGGAAAUAGUCAUUUCUCUAGCAAAUUUAUUUCAUACAAAAUUAGAUCAAAGAAAAGUAGUCACUUAACUUUAGGAAUUGAUCAUGUCAUUGGCCCUUCUUCAUUUUCUUCCUCUUCUAUUAAAGCAUUGGGUGAUCAUCAAGGAGAUGUUUUACCUAAUAAUGGAAUAGGGAUUGUUGAGUUUUUUGAGGCCAAAAAUCUUUUUGUCACUGGUGCUACAGGUUUUUUUGCAAAAGUUUUGAUUGAAAAGAUGCUAAGAACCACACCAAAGAUAAACAAAAUCUACCUCCUUAUCAGGGCAAAGGAUAAGGAAGCUGCAUUUGACAGAUUAACAAGUGAAAUAAUGGAGUCCAAAUUAUUCAAAUGCCUAAAAGAGAUGCAUGGGGAAUCUUAUGAGUCAAUCAUAAGAAGUAAAUUGGUUCCUAUAGUUGGAAAUAUUCAUGAGCCAAACCUUGGUAUGGAUAGAAUUAUUGCUCACCAAAUUGCUCAUGAAAUUGAUUUGAUUGUUGAUUGUGCAGCAAACACCACAUUUGACUUGAGGUAUGACUUAGCCCUUGAAGCUAAUGUGAAUGGUCCAUAUCAACUCAUGUUGUUUGCCAAGAAAUGCAAGAACUUGAAACUCCUCAUCCAUUUUUCGACCGCAUAUGCCAGUGGCCAAAGAGAAGGCCUAAUAUAUGAGAAGCCUUUCACCAUGGGAGGAAGCAUAACAAAGGAAAAGGUCACAUCACAUUCUCCAUCUACUAAGUUUCCAUCUCUUAUUGCUGCCAAUGAGUUGGACUUUGUUUCAAAGUUGAAGAAUGCUAUUGAAAAUAAUUGCUUCAAGCAAAUUAUGAAAGACUUAGGAGAUGAGAGGGCGAAAUUAUAUGGAUGGCAUGAUACAUAUUCGUUCACAAAGGCCAUGGGGGAGAUGGUGAUCGAUAGCAUGAGGGAGGGCAUACCAAUAGUUAUUAUUCGUCCCUCUACGAUAACUAGUACUUAUGAACAACCUUUUUCAGGAUGGGUACAAGGAUUUAGGGUAAUUGACCCUGCAAUUGUUUUCUAUGGAAAAGGGGACUUUCCAGGUGUUCUUGGAGAUCCAAAUUGCCUUGUCGAUGUGGUUCCAGUUGAUGUGGUUGUAAAUGCUACAAUGGCUGCUAUUGCUAAGCAUGGACACUUACAAAUUCCAGAGCUAAAUGUCUAUCAUGUAGCAUCUUCAUCAGUGAAUCCUUUAUCAUCAUCACAACUUAUGAACUAUUGCUAUGAGUUUUUCCAUUCUUUUCCUUUUGUUAACUCAAAAGGAGAUCAAGUGAAGGUUAAGAAUAUGAAAUACUUUGAUAAUAUGUCAGACUUUUCGAAUUAUAUUUCGAAGAAAUUACUCAAGCAACCUGAUGAUGUACAAGAAUUAAAUGAAGUUGAGCAUUCAAAAAUGCAAAUAAGGUUUAAAAGGAAGGUGGAAUAUUUGAAGAACUUUAGCAAGGUUUAUGAACCAUAUGCAUUCUACAAAGGGUGGUUUCACAAUGGUAAUAUGAGAAAGCUAAUGGAAGAUAUGUCAGAAGAAGAGAGAAAAAACUUUGACAUUGAUUUAUCAAAGAUAAAUUGGAGGAAUUAUUUUUUAGGAAUUCAUAUACUUGGAGUGAAAGAACAUGUAUUAAAAGGCAGAUCAUAGGAUUUUCCUAAGUGUAUAUAGGGAAACAACAUUUCCAUUUGUGUCACAAACUAUGCUUCCUCUAUUCUUUAAGGGAAAAUAAAUUUCUCUCCGUUUCAAUUUAUGUGACAUAGUUGAAAUUUAAAAGUCAAUUAAAUUGUUUUAUCAAA